AUGCUUCUCACUAUAGCGAAACUUAGUACCAAAAUUGAAAACAGAACCAAAUCACAUCUAAAGAUCGCGGUAGCCAAUGAUCACCACCAACAAAUGAAUUCACCAGUACCCAUUCUUCCUGUGGGAAAUAUUGUCGAACGACCUGGUCUGAUUAUUCGAGCCAAAAUGUUACCGACAUGCCACCGCAAACUGGAGGUCAAAUGA